AUGUAUGUACCGAGUUCGUACAGUCAGAUGAAAGUACGGGAAGUGUUAAUCUUUUCUGAUGCUUCGGAGAAGGCUGUAGCUGCAGCUGCUUAUCUCAAGACAACAGAUGACCUCGGUAAACAGCAGUUGGAGUUCAUUAUGGUUAAAUCCAAAUUAGCACCUUCAGCUGGUAAUAGUAUACCUCGCUUAGAGCUUUGCGGGGCAGUCCUGGCGACAGAAAUUGGGCAGUUCCUUGCAGAACAGCUUGAAAUACUUACAACUAAGAUGAAAUAUUUUGUUGAUAGCAAGGUUGUCCUCGAUUAUAUAAAGAAGGACACACGGAGAUUUUAUACCUAUGUUAGCAAUAGGGUAGCCAGGAUUCGUCAUGCCACUUCACCAGAACAAUGGAAUUAUGUGCCUACCCACUUAAAUCCUGCAGAUGUUGCUACAAGGGAUGUGUCACAGGACAUUUUGACAGCCAUACAAAUAUGGUUGAAAGGACCUGAGUAUAUCUUAAAGGGCAUGGAAACAUCAAGAGAAGAACCAGAGAUAUUUCCCCUCAUUGAACCAGACUCUGAUAAAGAAAUCCGUCCAGUACAGGUGCUACAAUUCACUGUCUCAACACACUACCACUAG